UGUGUGUGCGCGCGCAUAUAGAAAGGAUUUAAUAAGCUGCUCCCUGUCAGGCACCAAUUAAUUUAUCGGAAAGUAAAACAGUUGGAAGAGAGGGAGGACAGAGAGGACUCAGAGAGGCCUGAAGAGCUGUCACUAUCUGUGUGUGUGUGUGUGUGUGUGUGUGUGUGUGUGUGUGUGUGUGUGUGUGUGAGGGAGAGAGAGAGAGAAAGCGAGAGAGAGCGUGUGUGUGUGUGUGUGUGUGUGUGUGGAUUAUCAGUACGCACGUUACGCGGAGCGCAGUUUCGGUGAUGCGCUCAGUCGGGAGAUGUGCAGCGGGGGAGCAGUGAGCGUCAAGUCGGACACUGAGCGGCGUGAAUCGGCGCAUUAGCGGCAGGAGAAGGGGCUCCGGCGCCGUGUCUGCGCACCACAGGACCUCUCCUCCACCGUGUGCGUGUGUGCGGUUCACCGGCGAUCGCUCCUGUAUUUGGCGCAGAGUGAAAGUCAAAGAUGCGCACCGCUGAACAAAGGAUUUAAAGAGGGGGAAAGAACGAUCAGGAAUCUCGUCCACAUCCCGGUCUGGACUCGUCGGGACUCACGCAUUCAUGCCCCAUUCUUCCUGUGAGGACAACGGGCUGCAUCACCGGCUUUCUGGAGGAAUCAUCUGGGCUGGUCGAGUCCAUGUGGAUGGAGAGAGAAUACGCAAACGCAGCGAGCGGCGCUGACUCCGAAAUGUGACAUUUUUUGCUCCGUCUGCCAUCGUACCUGACUACUGUGCACCAGCCCCUCGUCCUUCCAUCGGAUUUGUUUACGUCGAUUAAAGAGAUGGCGUUCCUCCCGGUCCUCCUCCUGCUGCUGCUGACUGUUGCUCAUCGCGCCGCCAGUCAAGACUCUGAGAACUCCGAGGCUCUUCCAAGAGGCUGCGGCUGGGGCCUCGUGCGUCCCUACACCUUGCUCUGUGACCUGGACUCCAUAUGGGGUGUGGCUGUCGAGUCAGUCGCUGCUGGUGGGGUGCUGACUGCCAUCUUGCUCGCCCUAGUCCUGCUGUGCCGUUUACGCUUCAUCAGUGAGGGCGAGAAGCGCAGCGGCGUGGGACCCAUCCUCCUGCUGCUACUUGGCACCCUCGGCUUGUUCGGCUUGAGCUUUGCUUACCUGAUCGAGCAGGAUGAGUCUUUAUGCUUGCUCCGCAGGGCCCUGUGGGGCCUUCUGUUUGCAGUCUGCUUCUCCUGCUUGCUGGUGCAGGGUGUCCGCCUGCGAAGGCUCGGUCGCGAGCGCCGGAGCCCUGGUGGCUGCGCCCUAACAGGCCUCGCGCUGGGUUUGAGCGCUGUGCAGGGCAUCAUCGCCGCCGAAUGGCUACUUCUGACCGUGCUGAGGGAGGAACGGCCUGCCUGUCAGUACCUGCCGCUGGACUUCUCACUGGCCUGCAGCUACGUGCUAGCCCUCCUACUAGCUGCGCUGACUGCCGCCUCCCUCGCCCUGUGUGGGAAGACACGUCAGUGGCGCUGCAAUGCCGUGUGGCUGCUGGUGACCUGUCUGCUGUCGCUGCUGCUGUGGGUGGCCUGGGUGGGCUUCUAUCUGUACGGGAACGCCUGGCUCGGAAGGUCCCCGGACUGGAACGACCCGGCACUGGCCAUCGCUUUAGUGGCUCAGGGCUGGCUGCUACUGAUCUUCCAUGCCAUCCCUGAAUCCCACAUCUGCCUGAGGCCCCCUCCACAGCCCACCGCCCCGGAUUACUUCGACACCUCCCAGAACUCGACGCGCAUGAGGGAGACCAGCUUCGAUGAAGACAUCCCUCUAUCUCACAGGCAGUUUGUGGAGAACCAGGGCUAUGGAUACAGUGACGAGAACACUGCAGGCUUGAGGAGCGGUAGCGGUGCCGGGCAACACAACAGUAACACCGGCGCCAGGCCCAGCGCUCCUUUCCGCAGCAACGUCUACCAGCCCACUGAGAUGACUAUGAUCCUGAACGGGGGAGCGGUGAGUACAUCCGCCCAAUCACAGGUGCCCUCUGCACCUCCAACCUACACGGGGAGGCAGCUGUGGUGAGCGAGAGGAUCGGAAAGAAGAUGUGCGGUAGAAAAUGAAAGAGAAGAAGAGGAUGGAGAGCGUGAGGAGGAGGAGGAGGAGGGUUCCACGACGAGGGGCCCCGCCUGGUUGAAUUGGACUUAAAACAUGGACGCCGACAGGGCCCCUUUCACUCUGUGUACAGACUUUAACACUGACUGUGUGCCAAUCAACCAUAGUACAAGUGUGUGUGUGUGUGUGUGUGAGAGCGCAAGGGAAGUUAGGGUAUGGAGGACAGAGCUAAAGCUCUUCUAGCACCGAAUCUCCAUAAAAAAAGGUCAAAAAUCACACGACCGGCAAGUAGCAAAACAACCUCAGAUCCGGAAACGUCAACACGCAGUAUUCUUUAUCUUUUGGUUUGAUUUGCUCCCCCCCCCCGAGACUACAGCACUGUAAGCAUCCUCCAAAACUGUGAAAUCUAUCACUUUUUUUUCUCCCGCUCUGUCGCUCGUCACUGUCGGCCAGGGUUUCUUUUUUCUGCUGCUCCUCGAGUGGAAACAUUUGGCUCUGUCCUCCAUCCAUCCGCAGCGUAGGUGAAAGACAUAGCACACGGGCAAGUGUGCAGCUCGAGCAGCGCCCUCUUCAAAAGAAUCCAGCUCUCCGUGGGUGCGUACGUAGGUUAUCUGAGAGGAAAUGAAUGUGUGUGAUGUGUGUAUGCGCGCUCCCCUCCACCUCGACUCCACCGCUCCAACAACACCUUCCGCUUCUCCAGACUGUUACCCCCCCCUCGGCUUCACCCUCGAACACGCCCCCCUCCUCAUUUCUCUUGUGAAUAUAACACAUAACUCCGCUCACCUCGCCUCAUCCUCCCACCUGCAUGGACACUUUCGCAAAAUGUGAGACAAACUGUGAAGCCGGGACGGGAGAGAAAAAAAAACAAACAAAAAAAAGACGUUCCCGUUGACCGCAACAAAAGCAGCCUGAAACAAGAGGGAUCACAAGCUGCUAAUGAACUGCUAUUCAAUUUAUAUAUGAGUAUAUAUAUGAAAAAAAAGAAAAAA